AUGCUAAGGUUCAGGAAGGAGUUGAAAGACACAAAGGGUAUUGAACAAACCAGACUGUCUAAACAGAAGGAGAGGGGCAAGAAGUUUUAUUUUGCACGCUCCAAAGUGGACACAGAUCUAGAGGCUUCCAAGAAGCGCCGGCCCAAAGCUUACGAUGAGCAGCGCAUCUUGCGGGAGAUCAGAGAGGACUGCGUGAGGUGUCUGCAGGCAGAGGGCGUCAGCUUCCCCAAGAUUUUCCUCCUGUGUAUCUUUGACCUGGACAAGUAUGACUUUCAGCAGCUGCAAGAAACCCUGGAACAUGAGCUCCCCAGUCACAAGAGUCACACUCUGCUCCUGGCCAUGCCCAACAUUUCUCUAAAUAUCCUGCUGAAGAAGAAAGCCGCCUUCCGAGGGCAGAUAUGGAAACUAGCUGCACUGUCAGCUGGCGUUGCUGCGGUCCCUGUCCCAGGCCUCUCUGUGGCCUGUGAUGUGACCAUUUUGGUGAAGGCCUUGAGAGAUUAUUGCAAGAGCUUCGGCCUGGAUGACGAAUCCCUCACUAAGCUUGCCCAGAAGUUUGACAAACCCGUGGAGGAGCUGAAGGCUGUUAUAAAGUCCCCACUGGCCAAGGAAAUCUCAGCUAAUUUGGUAUACAAACUGCUGACCAAUGCUGUAGGUGGCGCCCUGAUGUGUGUGGAGUAUUUAGUGAGCAACAUACCAGUGAUUGGCUCCCUUGCAGCCGGAGGGAUCUCUUACGGGACCACAUAUUACAUGCUGAACAGCUUUUUGAAUGAAGUGGCGGAAGAUGCUCAAAGAGUUCUGCUUAAGGCUUUAAAGGAGACAGAAAUUUAGUAGGCCAGAGAAUGGCAAACAGACGAUCAAAUCAGCAUAACCAGGGUAGAGAUGGAAAGGAUCAAGGUGCAUCUAGAGAUCAGAGCAAAACUAUCUCAAACUUUUUCACAGCCCACACAAGUGGUUGCAUUGUCUUUCCUGAUUUUGACGGGUCAUGUCCCCAAUUUCCCAUGAUAGGAUGACCAA